AUGGCAACAACAUCUUCUGCUAAAAAAAAUGAUAUUUUAAUGUCACCUGCUUUGACUUCAAGAAGUCCACUUACAAAUAAUAUAAAUAGAAUAUCAACCAUUUCAACACCAUACUCUGUGAAAAAGAAGAUUACCACCAUCACUGCUGGAAAUGGAAACAUCAAUCAUUUGAAUAGAUCACCGAUUACAUCGCCACGUGUAUCGACUAUCAAUAACACUACACUGAAUACCACUGCAAUUCUCAAUACUACUGCCACCAAUAUGAUGAGUGCACGCGUUAAGCUCAACGAUGACUCUGUCGAGCCAAUGAAGGUCUAUCUUCGUAUCAGACCACUGUCAACCGACGAAGUCAAGGCCAAAGAAUCGAAUUGUUUCCACAACUUGACACUGACCUCUGCCAACAUCAAGUCUGGAAGUGGCAGCAAUACCACCAGCAGUAGCUCAACCACACUCAAUAAGGAUAGAGUUGCCAACGAAUCCGAGGGUAAAUUCUCAUUCUCACAGGUUUUCAACGUCUCCACUACACAACAACAACUUUUCAGAACUGUAUCAUUUCCAUUAAUACAAUCAUUUGUAAAUGGACAUAAUAUAUUGUUGUUGGCGUAUGGUGUUACCAAUGCCGGUAAGACCCAUACAAUCAGUGGAUCACACAGGGAUCCAGGUAUAAUUCCACGUUCUUUGGAUCUACUUUUCAAAUCGAUUCCAAGGCGUCUGUUGAAACAAAACGAAGGCAAUGAGUAUAAUGAUAGUGUUGGAAGUGUUGAUGAUGACGGUGAGACUGAUUCGAUGUUUGUCGAUGCCCCAGAUUCACCGUCGCUCAACGUCGAGCAACAACUCCAGAUAUCACGUAGCCACAGGUACGUGGUUUGGCUGUCGUACUAUGAGAUCUACAAAGACAACGUCUACGACUUGCUCGACGACACCCCUCCAAAACAGAAAUCACACCUCAAAGUAGAGGCAACCAACACUGGCGAGAGUGUCACCAUUAAGAACUUGACAGAGGUCCUCGUCGGUACCAUCGAAGAGGUGCACGAGGUGCUUGAGCAAGGUCUGGCCGCCAGACGUGUCGGUGGCACCAAACUCAACAAGGGUAGCAGUCGUAGUCAUGCUGUGCUCACCGUCAAGUUGGUUACCUAUCCAGACUGUGGCUCCCAACUACCCUCUGAGAAUCAAAUCCGAUCCUCCAAGUUGUGUAUUGUUGAUUUGGCUGGAAGUGAGCGUUCGAAGCGUACCGAUGCUGGCGGUGAACGUUUCAAGGAGGCAACCAAUAUCAACUCGUCGCUGUUGGUACUCGGUCGUUGCAUGGAAGCACUGCGUCAGAACAAGAGUCGUUCCGCCAACCAACAGGCAGUUGUUCCACCCUGGCGUGAGUCUAAACUCACCAGAAUCUGCCAAGAGUAUUUCGUUGGAAAUGGAAAGACUUCGAUGAUUGUCAAUGUCAGUCCAACCACCAGGGAUUCCGAAGAGACUCUCAAUGUCUUGAAAUUCUCUGCCAUUGCCAAGGAGAUUACUACUCAAUCAAAGAUUGACACUGGCAAAGCAUUGAAAAGCAGUGCAGCCGCUAUUACUUUGAAAAAGAGAAAGCCAACUGCUGAGGACGAUGAUAAACUCGAGUCGGCGUCUUCAACUUUACUUCAGCAACAACAACAACAACAACAACUCCAACAGUUGAAUACGCAAAGAUUGAAACGUGCUCAUAUGUCACCGGAUAUCAAUCAAUUGCAACCAAAGAUUGAUUAUAUCUCGAUGGAGAAGAAUCAAUUGCUAGAUCAAAUUCAAUGGUUCCAACAUAAACUAAAUCAUUCCGAGUUGAAGAUGGCCGAGAUUGAAGCAACCAUUCGUGAGCAAGUCGGACAAGAAGCAUCGACUCAUCUCAUGGAGAUGGAACAGCAGUUCAAGGAACGACUUGCUAACGAAGCAAAGUUGAUGGAAUCACGUCUCAAUAGCAAGCUGUCAUUGUUCAAUCGUCUCAGAGGCAUCCAAGACAAUAUCAACUACGAAGAGAAGAACAAAGAGUGGCAACUCAUGAUCAACUCACUCACCAAUGAGAAGCAAGAGCUCUCUCGCAAGUUGGAUGCCGCCAUCAUUGAAGUUGAGCAACGCAAAAAAGUCAACGAAGAGAAUUUCAACCAAAUUCUCUCACUGAAAUCGAUGAAGCGUGAGCUCGAAGAGGAGAAGAACAACAUGAUUGGCGAACUCAAGUCUUUCCAAGAGAAGGGAUCGCUUCUUCAGAUCCAACACGACAUGGAGAUCCAAGAGAAGAAAGCAUUCAUCGAGUUUGAACUUCAAGAGUAUAAGGAAAAGAUUUCACUGGAGAAUACCACUCUCCAGAUUCAACUGAACCAAGAGCGCAGAGAGAAACAAGCACUCAUUGAAGAGCUGACAAAAUGGCGUCAAAAAGCCGAGGAGAAUUCGUCACUCCUCAACCAAUCGUUCAAUGACCAACUCAAGGAGAAGCACGCCAAGAGUCCAUUCAAGAACUUUAAUAUCUCCAGCACUCCACUGCGUACUCGUAUCUACGGUACCAAAGUUGCAUUGCUCAAUGAGAGUCUCGACCAUAAGACACUGUUUAAGGGUGACAUUGAAAAGUCGGUCAGUGGCCAAGGUUUCUCUGUGAGAUUCACUGACUCUGAAGUGAUUCCACCAACACCCUCGUCCGCCAGCAAGUCGUCGUCGUCCGUCAUGCCAAGUCCAGCCCGUUCCAACGUAAACAACAAUAACAAUGGAGGACCAGGUACACCAACAUCUUGCCAGAUGUCAACUGUUUCACAGUGGACACCGGAUCGUACUGCCGACCACUCGGUUGACGGCAGUUUGUUGAUGCAGGCAAUCGACGAAGAUGACAUUGACAUGGAGAUGUCUCAGAUGCAGAUGGACGAGUGGCAAGACAUUGACAUCAGUGAGAACGACAAGUCCGCACCGAAGCGUACCAAUUCGACCUCCUCCACAAAGAAAUUCUUGACCAAGACCAAAGAUAUUCUGACAUCGAGCACCAAAGAUAUUUCCAAUCUCACCUCUUCAUUCUCCAAGGAGCCAAAGGAAAAGGUUAAAUCCGACAAGGAAUUACAAAAGGAAAGAGAGAAGGAACGCGAGAGAGAAAAGGAGCGUGAAAAAGAGCGUGAAAAAGAGCGUGAAAAAGAGCGUGAAAAAGAGAGAGAAAAAUUAGAAAAGGAGAGACUUGAAAUCGAAAAGGCAGAGAAGGCAGAAAAAGAAAGAUUGGAGAAAGAGAAAUUAGAGAAGGAGAAGGAAGCCAAAGCCAAAGAGAAGAAAGAAGAUAAAAAGAAUGCCAAAUCCAGUUCAAAGGCUGCUUCCAAAGAAAAGGAACCAGUCGAGAAGGAAAAGAAAAAGAUUGGUGCACUCUCCAAGGUUUUACCAACAUUCAAAAAGGCAACUACAACUUCCACCACCGUCACAAGCACUGCCACUGCAAAUAAGAAGGGUACCGCUGCAACAAUUGGUAAAAUCACCAAACAAUCUGCUGCCUCAACUGCGGCUGCUACAACUACAUCAUCAACAUCAACUGUCAUUUCAAAUAAUAACAAUAAUAACAAUACCAAUAAUAAUGGUGCCAACGUUAAUUCUGUUGCUGCAACAUUUGGUAGUCCUUCACAUCUUCAUCCUUUAUCUCCAAUCAAAUCAUUGUCAUCUCCUCAGUUGGCAGCAUCGUCGCCACCCACCUCACCAGCCGCCAAGAAGAUGCAUAAACAGUUGGUCUACACACAUUCCAGCCCAUCUGAGCUGACCGCCAUGCCAUCGACCAGCAGCAGCAGCAGUACUACCACCAGCAAAACUAAUAGUUCCAAUAGCUCUUCGAGUGACUUGACAGGUAGUUCCAAUAACAACAGCAACACCACCAACAAGGUUGCAAUGGCCAAACGCAAGUUGGCACCAAAAUCACAGAUGAAUCUCCUAUCAAUGUCAGACGAAGAGGAAUCACCACAAAAACCAACCGCUUCACUACAACGACAGAAAUCACUGAAAAGUCUCACAUCUUCAGCUACAUCGACCUCCUCCACACUUUCAAGCUUUAAAACCCCAGCCAAAACACCAGCAAUUACACCUCUCAAAUCUAAAUUUAGCAAAGUCAGCAAAUUGACCUCACAGUUUGAAUCAACAUCAUCCUCACAAACGAAUCCACAAACUCCAUCAGUUGUCAAACAACACGGUCUAAGAAGAAGAAAAUUUACAAAUACACAAAUUUAUUGA